GUUUCAGCUACGGCUACAUAUCCCAUGAUGCGUUGGGGGUGAAAUGUGUCCUCACGUUACGUUUCUGCUGUGCGUUUGCAGGAAAAAAAAAACCCGUUCGACAUUUUUCGCUGUUGAAUAAGUUAUUAGGGAACAUGACAAAACAUCCACUUAGGCUCGACAUGCAUGAAAAAUACUAGACCACAAACUAUCGAGCGUGAAAAGCUUAAAGAUCUCGCGGGAUUUAGAACUAAUGGUGACGUUACGCAACUUGUUUAGUAACAAGCUUGUGUAACCCUUCAGUAAGUGAUACCUGCUUAAUGCGCCAGCUUUGCAGAGAGUGGAGGAAGUCAACAAAGUCCUUGCAACACAGCUUCAUCUGUUCCAACAAAAUGCCUGAGGGACCAGAACUGCACCUGGCCAGCCUUUAUGUGAACAAAGUGUGUGAUGGAGUGGUGUUUACUGGACCAGUCAGAAAGUCUGAGGUCAGCAAGAAUCCUGAUGUGCCCUUCAACUGUGAGGCCUACCACAUCACAGCCGCUUCUAGAGGGAAGGAAGUGAUGCUCACCCUGGCACCCAUCAAGCGUGAUGAUCCUAAAUUCAGAGUGAAGACAGGACAAGCAGACCAGCCCAUGGACAUUGUCUUCCGCUUUGGGAUGUCGGGACAUUUCCACUUCAGCACAGAGGAUGAGCUGCCCAAGCAUGCCCAUUUGCGUUUUUAUACCAAAGAAAAGCCCUGCAGAGUGCUAAGCUUUGUGGAUACACGCAGGUUUGGCAGCUGGCAGCCCAAUGGGACUUGGCAGCCUGGCAGAGGGCCCUGUGUCAUGUUUGAGUACAAAAGCUUCAGGAAGAAUGUUGUGUUGCACCUGUCUGACCGUGCCUUUGACAGGCCCAUCUGUGAGGUUCUCCUCAAUCAGAAGUACUUCAAUGGUAUCGGGAACUACCUGAGGGCUGAAAUCCUUUUUAGGCUGAACAUUCCACCUUUCGUGCCAGCCAGGACUGUAUUGGAAGGCCUUGAUUCAGAUGAUUCAUCUGAAAAUGAGACUACAGACAUAAGGACCUCAGUCAGACCUAAAAAGAAAGGGAUGAAAGGAGAAAUGAGUGACCUACUUCGACUGUGUCACGCAGUUCCUCUGGAGGUAAUCGACCUAGGUGGAAAGGGCUACGAUCCUGAGAAGGCAGACUACUCUGGUUUUGCGACGUGGCUGCAGUGUUACAGCGUGGAUGGAAUGAAAUCCAUCCAGGACCACAGUGGCAGAACUAUAUGGUUCAAAGGAGAUCCAGGCCCCAUGGUGCCUAAAGGUUCAAAGUCACCAAAGGCAAAAAAGAGAGCAAAGAAAGAAGAUAACCAUGAUUACACAGACAAGAAAAAAGUGGCCCGGAGUCGCCCUGAAGGCACAAUGAGGACGAAGAUGGUAAAACAGGAAACUGUGACCAAACCACUAAAGAAAGAGAAGGAUGCGUGGUCAAAGGAAGCCGGAUCCAAGAGAAAAAAGACUCAGGAAGUCAGCACAUCUCAGAGUGGAAAGGGAUCAGCUGCACACAGGAGGAAGAGUAGGAGUGCACAACCAGCUGCAGGUUCACAGCGGCGGAGCAGGAGAAUUACCAGACAGAACAGCAAAUAAAAUGUUUAAAAUUACUGUAAGGAACUCUGAUGGCACUAUACAUUUUUAAAAAAUAAACACACUUCUGUAAAAGUU